AUGGAAAUACUGAAGAAGAAUACUAUGAACCGGGGAAAAUUUAAAUUGAAAAUACUGAGAUUAAAUUUAUGCAAAGGACCUAAGCGUUUAGAUUGUUGUAAAAUAUCUGCCAAUGUGGUAAAUAGCACGCACUUGGACUAUACGAUUGAAAUAGUGAAGACGAAUAUUCCAAACCGGGGCAAAGUAAGUAUAACAAUGAACAAACAGCCGCUCCUGAGACUGCAAAUGAAGAAACCAUGUGACCAUCUGUACAUGAAGGGAUUGUUUCAAACUAUACUGAAUGCGACACAGAGGUGCGAAUUUCAAAAAGGUAAAUAUCACAUAGAUAUCGACAUAGACGACGUCGCGAAGGCCUACUACGGCGGAGAGUUUUUGUAUGGCAACAUGACAUUCAAAUCCGUCUUCUACAAUGACGAGUGCAACUUCUCCUGCACCGAAAUUGAUGCUAAUUUCACACCAGCACCAGUUAACGAAAAGAAAAAACAUUGA